CUUGUACUUGGUAAUGACAGCAUUUGUUGUGAAAUUGUUCUGUUUCAACGUGUAUUAUUUUACUAAAUUCUUACCCCGACUUGCUAGCUUAACGUCAUAUUAGCCUUAUUAGCAUCAUCCGGGUAGCUAGCAUUGCCAAACCGAUGGUUCCUUAGUAAAUAACUGGAAGUAACGUUAGCUGUAGCUAGUAAAUCUGCCCCCCCUGCAAGUUACUGCUUCUUUAGCUGUGCAAACCUCUCUUGUUACUAACAUAAACCUUAUGUCGUAAUGAUGGCUUCGUCAGAGAAAACGUUAACUCUUUGAUUUACUAAUAAAUCAGUGACAGUCACCACUUUUCCCAUCAUCGUUAACGUUACAGCGUUAACCGUAAAGCAACGUCAGCAGUAAGUAACAAUGUAGCUAGCUAACUUACUUUAGCCCAGCUAGCUGUGAGUCCGUGAACGUCUCACUGCUCAGCGGUAACGCAUGUCUUCCUGCUCUCUGUCACACGCAGCUUUCAGUACCUCAAACAUGGAUCAAGACAACAAUUCAGAGGAUGAGUCAGUCGGCCCAUCAGAGGACCCUUCAGAAGAGGAACUGCCUAGUCUACCUCCAGGGCUCUCGGAUGGUGAAGCAAUGGAGCUGCUGUGGCAGUUAAGAUCCCAGCGCCGCCAGGCAUCUCCUGAGCUCCCGGAGACAGUGAGCACACUUACUGCCCCAGACGGCAGCAUCCUAUACCUGGUUGGCACGGCCCACUUCAGUGACAGCAGCAAAAAGGAUGUGGCCACGACGAUCCGCGCUGUGCAGCCAGAUGUGGUGGUGGUGGAGCUGUGCCAGUACAGGGUGUCCAUGCUGAAGAUGGAUGAGAAUACACUGCUGAGGGAAGCCAAAGACAUCAACCUGGAGAAGGUCCAGCAGGCCAUCAAACAGAAUGGGCUGAUGUCUGGCCUCAUGCAGAUACUCCUGCUCAAAGUUUCAGCUCACAUCACAGAGCAGCUGGGCAUGGCUCCUGGAGGAGAGUUCAGGGAGGCCUUCAAAGAGGCUGGACAAGUGCCAUUCUGUAAAUUUCACCUUGGGGACAGGCCGAUCCCCGUGACGUUCAAGAGGGCCAUCGCAGCUCUCAGUCUGUGGCAGAAGGCCCGUCUGGCGUGGGGUCUCUGCUUUCUGUCAGACCCAAUCAGUAAAGAGGACGUAGAGAAGUGCAAACAGAAGGACCUGCUGGAGCAAACCAUGUCGGAGAUGAUCGGCGAGUUUCCUGCUCUACACCAGACCAUCGUGGCUGAAAGAGACAUCUACCUCACGCACACGCUCCGCCAGGCUACGCGCUGUGUGGAGACCCCCCGUAAUGCCCAGAAAGUGCCUGCUGUGGUAGUGGGAGUUGUAGGGAUGGGUCACGUCCCUGGCAUUGAAAGAAACUGGGAGAAGCAGCUCAACAUAAAUGAAAUCAUGAGUGUUGCGCCUCCCUCACGUUUUGGCUGGCUGUUGCGCACGGUCAUAAAGGGUGUUGUGAUGGGAGUGCUGGGAUACACCUGCUACCGUGCUGGAGGGAGUUUAGGUAGAGGCCUGCUGUCUUUACCUGCUGUCCAAUCUUUACUGGAGACUCUGCAGCCACCCGCUGCUCUAAACCAACAGGGACACGACCUUUGAUCGAUU